CCAGACGCAACCUGGAGGAAUUCCACAACCCUGACUACUGCGACAUCCACGAUGCCUUCGUCAAAGUUCGCUCACAACGAAAAGUAUCGGUACCUGAAUGGCUUCAACUCCUACCAUGAAUCAGAAGCUAUAGAAGGUGCCUUACCUAUUGGUGCCAACUCCCCACAAAAACCACCGUAUGGUCUUUAUGCUGAAAAGCUGUCUGGAACCGCUUUUACGGCGCCACGCCACGAGAAUCAGCAAACAUGGCUAUACCGUAUCCUUCCUUCAUGCGGCCACAGCAACUUUGAGCCUCGUGAGUCGUCGACUUACAACACCAACCCCGAGAACAAGCCGUAUGAGAAGAUCCACCAUAUUCCCAAUCAGUUACGAUGGGAUCCUUUCGACUUGGAUGAGACUGUUGAUUGGGUACACUCGCUACAUCUUGUUGCCGGUGCGGGGGAUCCUACAAUGAAGUCUGGCUUGGGCAUGUAUAUCUUUGCGGCGGGAAAAGACAUGGACGAGCACGAAGCAUUCUACUCCGCUGAUGGGGAUUUCCUCAUCGUUCUCCAGCAUGGCGUACUGGAUAUCAGAACCGAAAUGGGUCGUAUCUUGGUACGGCCCAAUGAGAUUUGUGUCAUCCCAAGAGGCAUCAAGUACCGCAUCACGCUCCCAGAGGGACCCGUUCGAGGUUACAUCCUCGAACUCUACCAGGGACACUUUCAGCUACCUGAACUAGGCCCUAUCGGCUCAAACUGUUUGGCAAACGCGCGCGAUUUCCAAGCCCCUGUUGCCGAUUUCGAUGAAGACACGGAAUCAGAAUGGCAUAUCCUCAGUAAAUUUGCCGGCCACCUCUUUCAGGCUAAGCAGACACACUCUCCCUUUGAUGUGGUGGCAUGGCAUGGUCUCUACUACCCGUACAAGUACGAUUUGGGACGCUUCAACACCAUCGGAAGUAUUUCCUUCGAUCAUCCCGACCCAUCCAUCUUCACAGUGUUGACAGCACAAUCCGACCAUCCUGGCACUGCCAUCGCCGACUUCGUCAUCUUCCCACCUCGGUGGCUGGUCGCAGAAGGCACUUUCCGACCUCCAUGGUAUCAUCGGAAUACCAUGUCUGAAUUCAUGGGUUUGAUUCAAGGUCAGUAUGAUGCAAAGACCGGUGGUGGUUUCCAACCUGCCGGUGCGUCCCUUCAUAAUGUCAUGUCCGGGCACGGUCCGGAUGCAAGCACACACGAAAAGGCUUCCAAUGCAGACCUCCAGCCUGCAAAAGUCGGCGAAGGCAGCAUGGCGUUCAUGUUUGAGAGUUGCCUAAUGGUCGGAGUGACGGAAUGGGGCUUGAACAAGUGCAAAAAGGUGCAAGAGGGCUACAAUGCGGAGAGCUGGGAACCGCUCAAGCCUCAUUUCAAGAGGCCAGCACCGAAAAAGAUAGACAACGGUGCUGGAGGGACGGAGGAUGGCACAACUGGAGACAAGGCGCAGGUACCGCACUGGACCUGA